AGAAACUUUUCAACUUGCAUUUCUAGGGAGUUUGUCAAUUGCACACCUGUCACAAUUUGGUUAUAAAAAAGUGUAAUGUCAAGAAGUGUCAUGUUGAAAUAGUGUGGUGAUUUUCCUCGAUUUCUACAAUUUUCAAUGAACAAUUAAGAAAAAACCGCUGAUAUCGCCACUCAAAAUCACGGAUUACCCAAGUCGUUUCUUAGGACUCAUAAAAACCGCAUUUUACGCACCACAUUUUAUGAAGGUUAAAGCGUGUUAAUGUGAUUAGAAUAAUAGAAGGGCAUUUGUAACAAUGAUCAAAAAGAAGCAUCAAGGAGACCCCACAGGGGGCGAAUCGACUGAAUCUUGCGAUGAGAAUGAUAAUAUGACUGAAUGUCGUCAUGUUCGCCAGGCUGUAGAUUUGCAAAAGGUCAAAAAGGCCCUAAUUAGGACUGGACUGACGACCGAAUGCGAACAGUGCAAAAAAAUGCCUCAAGGAGUGUCUGAAAUGGAAGCGGAAUUCGAAUUCGAUAACUCGCUAUGGCUGUGUUUGAGGUGUGGAAAUCAGGCAUGUGGCAGGAAUAAAAAUAUGCAUGCCUUGGAACAUUUCAAGACACCGCAUUCAGAUUCACACGCUAUUUGUGUCGAUACAACCAAUUGGAGUGUCUGGUGUUAUGACUGUGAUGAAGUUGUCAAUGCUACUUGUAAGAAAAAAUUGCUGGAAGCUGUUGAAUACCUCCAAAAGUUAGCUGAGAAUAAAAAUAACGCUGUGCCCAAACCUGUAGAGCAUCAAGUAAUGGAUUUAGUCCCAGUAACGUCUAGCAUGAAUUUUGGAAGCAUGUUCAAUUUCACCGCUUCAAACUUACCUCGACCUCGUGGCUUAAUGAACCUAGGCAAUACGUGUUUCUUUAAUUCAGUAGUUCAAUGUUUAGCUCAAACCCCUUAUUUGUUAAAUCUUUUACAAGAAACCUCAGAACCGGGUCAAUAUUUCCAAUUACCGGGAGGCAAGUUAAAUCCUCAAGAUAACGAUUCUCCAGUACUUGAACCCUUGACCGGUCAGUUGGAAAAGUGGCGUCCCCUUAUGGCCACUUUAGCCGAAACUAUAAUGGAAGUGAAUAAUGGACGUAGCGAAGCGUACGUUCCGCGUUUGCUUCUAUCAAAACUAACCACUCGCAUGCCCCAAUUCGGUGGUGGCGACCAACACGACUCGCACGAGCUCUUGCGGCACUUACUCGAAGCUGUCCGAGAGGAGGAUUUGCGUCGCUACCAAGCCGUUAUCCUGGCACGGUUAGGUUUUAACACGAAAACCGAUCCAAGCACCGUCGAGGGUGAGAAAAAGAAAAUUAUCAAGUUUUACGGCCAACAAGCUUCCGAGUUAUUGCUGCCAACCGAACAAGUUUUCCGAGGGGUGCUUGUUAGUACUCUACAGUGUCAGGAGUGCCAACAUACGUCGCACCGCGAUGAGUUUUUCCUAGAUUUAAGUCUACCGAUUACUGAGAAGCAGUUGCCACCGGUUUUGAGGCGGAAAGCAGAGGAAAUUGAAGAUAAUAAACCGUCGAGGCAUCAAAUAAAGAAGGAGAAACGUGCAGAGAGGAAGAAAAAUAAGAAACAAAAAUCGCAUAAAAAUGUGAAUGUUGUCAUGGGGCCCAGUAAUCAACCAACGGCCGGCGUUGAUGUUAAUAUGGAUAAGUCGGAUAGUGAGUCGGAUGCAGAUGUGGAGGAUAAUGUCGAAGUGUCCGAGGAGGUGACCAAAGGAAUGGAGUCGGGGUAUAAUUCAGAUAAGGUCGACAAUAGUAGCCCUGAUUCAAAUAAUCGGGGUAUUUCACCGGAAAUGCGGAUUGAUGACAGUGGGGUUCCGAGCCCCGCUAUAGGAAUGCUGAGUGCCUCACACGGGACUCCAGAGAAUAGUCCAGCCUCGAGUGAGACUAAUAUCGACAUGGGCAGCCCUCUGGUCGACCAUUGUAGUCCAGAAGAAGAUGGUAAUGAAUAUUUUGAUAGGCCUGAGUCAAGACUAGCUUUCGUGAACAACAAAAAUGUCGAUUUGAAGACUGGGUUAAGUAAAUUAAGUUUACUCAAUGAUGGUGAUUCAAGUAAAGUCAGUUCAUUCUGCAACGAUAAGAUGGAAGACGAUGAUAAUUUCGAAGGUGCUUGUGGGGGCGAGGAUCUUAAGGAUGAGAAGAUGGACGAAGACGACGAAGACGUGGACCUCUGGACAAACACGAUAUCUGCCCGUUACCAGUGCGAAGAAGGCGAAUACUCGGUCCAAUCCUGCCUCAACCAAUUCACUGCUUGCGAAUUAAUGACCGGAAACAACAAAGUCAGCUGUGAACUGUGUACGAAACGUCAUGGUGGCCCUGACAAGAAGACCGUCUACACCAACGCCACUAAACAGCUUCUUAUUUACAACCCUCCUGCCGUUUUAAUCCUUCACUUGAAACGUUUCCAAGUGUACCGAUUUCGCUCCGCCAAAGUCCCCAAAUUUGUCAAAUUUCCCACACUUCUUGAUCUCGCGCCUUUCUGUUCGAAACGGUCUCAAAAUCUUCCAACUUUCGAAGCUGGUCAGACAAAAGUCUUGUACUCUUUGUACGGAGUCGUAGAGCAUAGCGGGUCUAUCCACGGUGGUCAUUACGUGGCCUACGUGAAAGUACGACCGAAAUUAGAGGAGAAUAGUUAUAGGUGGCAGUUUUUGCCGAAAAAUCAGAAAAACGAGAAAUCGCAAACGCCCAAAGGGGCUCAAGGAGAUCCUGAAGUGCCCUCGGGGAAGUGGUAUUAUAUUAGCGAUUCACACGUUUCUGAAGCUAGCGAAGCGAGGGUUUUGAGUGCACAAGCUUAUUUGCUGUUUUAUGAGAGGAUCUUGUAAGCUUUGGCCGUUCUAUUUAUUUUAGCUUCUUGAUUAAUUUAUACAUAUAUGCAAAAUUGUUUUGGAAUUUUUUUUUGGGUCAUGGUGGAAUUUAUUGACAAAUUUUAUCAAUUUAAUCCCAAAUAGUCGCUUGCGUAAUAUUAUGAAUGUGAGAUUCUUAAAAUGACAGUUUUUUUAAGAUAUCUUUUGUUACAUUGUAAUCUUUUUCCUGGGUUCAUACUUAUGUAAUAAUGUCUUUAUGUAAACUGUAAAACAUUUUUUGAUUUGUGUAUAUUAGUGUAAUUAUUUUUUUAAGCGAUUUUCUCCGAUUGUAUUCAGCAAAUUCAAUAAACAGUAAAGGAUGAA